UAUCGGGAAGGGAAUAUGUCAAUCAGUUCUAGGGGACGUGAAAGAGGCGGGGCUUGAUUCAGGUGGCGUGCCCACCCGAUAGUUGAACACACACGAGCAAACCGUUAACUUGCUGCUUUGGGAGAUAAUCGCUACAGGUAUCAAUUCGAUGAAGAGGCUAGGUAGACCUGGCCCGUCGUUAGUGUCAACGAGAUGAUACGGCAUAAGAAAUUCAGCAGAAGAGGGAGCUAGCAAGGUGUUGCUUAGGGCUCGAGCGGAUGACACUAUAGCAAGAUACUUGGGUGCAAAGUGAGUUGUUUCCUCCCUAUAAAGGGCCCAGGAUGCCCAAGGAGCAAGGGGAGUGGGCGCCGCGCAUGGCCAGCAAAAAUGCCAAAGACAAGAGCAACAGUGCCACGCUGUUGGCUACCCGCGCGGCCAAGGCCCAGGCAGAGCAGGAGGCCAGCGGGCGUGGCUCGCGAUGCAGCUCCGAGAAGGACUCGGGCUACUCAGACACCGGCUCGGAUUCCUUGCAGACAUUCGAGGACCGACGCAACACCAUUAGGCAGCCCAAAGCCAGGGGCAGUCACCAGGGUUCUCAUCAAGGGAAUGCCAUGCUGAUGUCGGGGACCCCUGAGCUUGCUCCCAUCUUUAUAAUCAAGAAUGUGGUUCUCAAACAGCCAGUACAGGCGGCUCAGGAACAUCUCCUCCAGGCUCCUCUGCCCUGGGGCAGCGCAGGGACCAACGUCCAGGGCCCAACUGUGUUCCUCGUGCAGCAGCCAGAGGUGACCUCUCAGGCCCCCAUGCACAUCAUGAAGCCCCAGCCCCGGAGGGCUGACAGCGGGAGCAAGAAGAGCAGAGCCACCUAUCUCCCCAUCCUCAACUCCUACCCCCGCAUUGCCCCCCACCCCAGCAAGAAGUCGGACAAGACCAAUGCUGGAGCAGGCAGUAGUAGUGGUGGUGGUGGCAGCAGCAGCAGCAACAGCAGCAACAGCAGCAGCGGCGGCGUGGGUGGUGUCGGUGGCACAGCUGAGGACCACUGCCAGAGCAAGAGGGUAUGCACGGAGGAGAAGCGUGAGGAGGUGUCCACCACCUCCCAGCUGCCCAAGCAGCACGUCCACAAGCAGCCCGAGGGAAGGGCCCACUCCCAUGGCUCUCACUCCCACUCUUCCCACUCCUCCCAUUCCCACUCCUCCCAUUCCCACUCCUUUUCCUCCUCCUCCUCCUCCUCCUCUUCCUCCUCCUCCUCUGUCCCUGGAAGGGCCCGAGAGAUCCCCCCCCACGUGCGCCGCAGCCCGCACCCCCCCUCCAGCCCGUCCACCACGGGCAGCCUGGGCUCGCCUUCGGUGUCCAGCACGGAGACGGCCUCCCCGUCUUCCUCCUGCGAGCUGGCCGCGCCUCCGCAUCGUUCCUCCAGGGGUCACCAUCACAACCACCACCAUCGCCAUCCCCAGCAGCAGCAGCAGCAGCAGCAGCAGCAGCAGCAGCGUCCGAAUCAGAAUCAGAAUCCGAAUCAGCACGGCUGGCGCCACCGCCGCUUCCUCAACACGGUGGAGAUCCUGAGCCAGUCGGGCCUGCUGGACAUCACGCUGCGCACGCAGGAGCUGCUGCGCCGGAGCAACGCCACCGAGCGCGACAUCGCCCAGCUGCGCCACCACACCCAGCUGCUCUGCCAGGCCGCCCAGGCGUGCCCGGCCCCGCCCGGCCCCUGGGACCACGUGCACCGAGCCAUGGCGGAGUCCGGCCACUAUCCCAGCCUGAAGGAGCUGGACGGCCAGUGCCCCCACAGCGGUAGCAGUUGCAGCAGUGGCAGCAGCCACAACAGUUCGCCGGCACAGGUGCAGGCCGAGGCUGACACAAGCAGCAGCAGCAGUGGCGGUGAUGGAAGCAGCAGCAGCAGCAGCAGCAGCGUUAGCGUUAGCAGCGCAAAAGCAGACGCGGUCGUCUCGGCGCCGUUCAGGCACAUCCACCACGAGGAGAUGGCACCGCCAUCGCCGCUCCUGGCGCUCAUGGAUGAUCUGCCUCUGGACCUUCCUGUUUUUGACCUGAACGGCCUCCUCAGGGGGCAGGGAGCCAAUGACAAGUCACUGGACGAUCUGCUCAUGCCCCCUGACAGCUCCACCCACAGCCCCCUGCUUUAGACGCCAUCCCAUGUGCGUUGGACUCAGCUUACCCAUCAGCCUCGCAUGAGGGCGGAGCCAAGAGAAAGGGACCCAUUGAUUCUUCUUCAUCUUUCAUCUUUCUUCACAAAUCUCUCAGUUCUGAUUGGGUAUGAGAAUCUGGCUGUGGUUUUCAUGUUGCUGGUUCUAUAGCGACUCAAGGUCCCUCUCGCUCGGCAGUUCCAGUGCCAUCUUUCGCCCCGAAGACUCGAAGAUUCAAAGAAUCGCCCGCUUUCAAAUGUCUCAUCUGACCAGUUUGACCAAUGUAAAGCAUAAAUUUGUCAAGAGGUCAUGAUUUCCACUUUGCGGUCAAGACCCUCACAAAAUGAGUUACCUUCUCAUGUGAACAGAGCAGUGGAAUUGAUGACGUUUUUUGUUAUCCGUGUAACAUGCAUGCCAGUUGCCUGACGGGGAUGAUCUCAAGUACUGUCAGAUGUUCUCUCUUACAGUGGCAGGCUUUGUUGCUGGUAUUCAACAGCACCAGUAAAGAACAUCCUACUGAUAAGAAAAAGAAAUAUCACGUUUUGUCUUUUAUGAAUACUUCUUUUCGAUUUCCAUUGUUCUUUACUGUGAGGCCUUGAGACUGCAAAUGGAGGCAGGCAGCUAGUGACUUUGUCUCCUGGGUUGGGCUGAUGAAGGACAUGCCUCUUAGAGAGUUCUUUGUUUUGUUCAUGUUUUUUUGUUGUGUGUGUGUGUGUGUGACAACUUUUUAGAAAUCUAAAAGAUGAAAAGUGUGAUUAUUUACCAUUGAACAAUAAUUUUUAAGACAAUCUUUUGGUUUUCAAUCAAUCAAAUGCCGGCCAUUACACUAUAUUGCUAAAAGUAUUGGGUCACCUGCCUUGACUUGCAUAUGAACUUCAGUGACAUCCUAUUCUUAAUCCAUAGGGUUUAAUAUGACGUCGUUCCACUCUUUGCAGCUAUAACAGCUUCAACUCUUCAGGGAAGGCUUUCCAUAAGGUUUAAGAGUGUGUUUAUGGGAAGUUUUGGCCAUUCUUCCAGAAGCGCAUUUGUGAGGUCACACACUGAUGUUGGACAAGGAAACAGUCUCUCAGUUUCCACUCUAAUUCAUCCCAAAGGUGUUCUGUUGGGUUGAGGUAAGAACCCUGUGCAGGCCAGUCACGUUCAUCCACACAAAACUCUGUAAUCCAUGUAUUUAUGGACCUUGCUUUGUGCAUUGGUGCGCAGUCAUGUUGGAACAGGAAGGGGCCAUCCCAGAGCUGGGCUUGGACCCUUAGUUCCAGUGAGAUGAUCUCUGAAUGCUUCAGCAUUAACCAAUACAUUUUGGACAAUUCCAUGCUCCCAACUUUGUGGAAACAGUUUGGAUAGCCACUUCCUGUUCCAACAAAGGGUGGACCUACGUCAUAUUAAGUCCUAUGGAUUAAGAAUGGGAUGUCACUUAAGUCAUUAGGGGUGUCAAGGCAAGUGACCCAAUACUUUUGGCAAUAUAAAGUAUGUCCAUCACAAGCUAACCAUGAAGAUCAUUUUUUUCUUUCUUUCUUCUUAUUUUGUGAACAGGCCAAUUCAAAGACUCCCUGUCGGGGCUUUCCCAGUUAGAGGUUGUCAUGACCAUAUUUUUCCCCUCAGUCUUUGCAAAGUAUCAAAUUGUGAUACUUGACUUAAUCUGAAAAUGAACAGAUUGGAUGUGAUCAUAUAGAUAUAUUUGUUUAUCCUGGCUGAAGAAGAUUUUACUUUAAGGACAUGAGGGGACUACAUUUCACUGCUCAUUUUCAUGCAUUUUUAUCUUGCCUUUGCCGCCUUGAACAUGUUGCAGAGAUGUAUUACAUCCUCGGGGGAGAAAGAGAAAUUUGCAGAUUUUCUUGUGAGUGAUUCUCUUCCCGUUGUAUCUUUCCUGUAGGCCUGUCAAUUUGCUUCAAGUGCGUAGAUAAUAGAUUAUAGUAGGACCAAGCCUUGAACAUUACUCUGGUAAAAGAAAUAUGCAGUAGUUUAGGCUAACUGCUCUGAGCUAAGCUUCAUGACUUUAUAGCUUUUUCUCACCAGUAAAUAAAAACUUGGACCUUCUUCCGAAAAAGUCACACUGGUGAUCUCAGCAGAGCACAUGGCGACUUGGUAAACAGUAAACAGAGACAAGCAGAGUUUUCAAUACAUGAACUUCUGUCUUUGUCCGUUUUUUAACAAAGCAUUUGAAAACAGAAACGCACAACAGCUCUUAUGGAUGUAAUCAAUACAGAUAGAGAGAGAAAGAGAGAGAGAGAGAGAAAGAAAGAAAGAGAGAGAGAUGAGUGCUUAUUUUCCUGGGUUGUUUUUCAACCUGUUUUGGAGUAAUGGAAUAGUUAAGACUGGGUUUGAAAAUGAUUGUUUGGGUUUGGCUCUGGUUGUGCUUCUCUGAGAGAAGUGUGUCUCUCUUCUUUCCUUUCCCUGUGUUUUCAUGUGGAAUGUUUCCUUUACACGCAAAACACAAAACAUCAUCAAGAUGCACAUCCCCCACGUGAAAAGACAAUAAAUCUGCUUGAUGUUUUCAACAGCA